CAUUUUUCUCCAUCUUCAACAUUUGAAAAGGAAAAAAAAAAUCCCCAAAAAUCAAAAUCAAUGAAUCCUUACCGAAACAGAACCACCGCAGAUUCAAUUCUCGAUUCUCUUUCCCUCAAUCCUCCGCCGUAUCCCGUCCUCCUCCUCCUCGCCGUCGUCUCCAUAUUCCUCGGCGCUUCCUGGUGGCUCUCCUACGAGUCCGCCGUUGAAGCCGCCGAGGAUCAGAUCAACUGGAUUCUCUUCGCUACACCGGUUCUCCUCAUCGUUCUCGUUCGAGUCCUCUCCUCUGUCGAUCCGAGCUUCUUUUCUUCCUCGCCUUGGGACCGUCGCCGCCGCACGCAUCAUCUCCCGGCUGAAGGAAGCUCACCGUGGGGCGUAGCUGCGUUGAUCGUGCUGCUGCUCGUUCUCGUGCAGUUCCAGUCCUCGUUCCGUGAGAGCUGGUCCAUUUGAUGGAGGUUCCGAAGGUGUAUAGAUAUGGCGAACUCGGUAGUUGGAGAGCGAUAGAGGUAUAAUUUCUGUUGAUUUUUUGUUUUUGAAAAAGGAAGUCAGUGUUGUUUAUAUAUAGUGAAUGUCUCUGAUGUAUUAUUUGAAGCAAAUCUUAUUAGUUUGUUUUGAUUUUAAGGCUUGAAUGAUCAAUGAAGAUGAACUUGUUCUUGUUUAUCAAAUAAAUAUAAAUACUCUGUGUAACUGUA